AUGGCAGACAAUCAGACAGACAGUAAAGUUGAAUGCAAUGUCGACUGGGAACGUUUGCAAAAGGAAUUAGGCAAUGAGUUUUGUCAGCUUGAAUGCACUACUGAGGAGCUGAGUGGUGGAGAGUCAAACUGGGUAUUCAGAAUAACAUCUAUGACUGGAUCAUCCGUCAUCGUUAAGCAAUCUAUGGGAUACUUCAAGGUUGUUGGUCCAGAAUUACCGAUGACUGAAAGAAGGAAUCAAACCGAGUAUUUUACGCUGUCUUUACUAAAUCAACUCGCUCCAGGAUCUGUACCAGAACCAAUCUUCUUUGAUGAAGAUAACUGUUAUUAUGUAAUGCAAGACCUCUUUGACUACGACAUCCUACGACAGAUGUUCCAACGACACCAGGCUAGUCUACCCGCUAUUCAAGACGUGGCACGGUACAUUGCAAAGCUACAUCGGGGUACACAUAAGACUAAUGUGACUGAGACCAGUCUCGCCAAGAUGGUGGAGAAGACCAAGAAUGAUGCAUUCCAGGGGAUCCUAGUUUACUAUAUUUUUGAAAACAUUCACAAGGAUGAAAACAUCGAGAGACAGUCACCCGCAUUGAAAGAAAUAUACGAUUUAAUGAGCAAGGAUUCAGUGAUCGUUACAAAUAGGGCGAGGCUUCGAGAUGUCAUGGAAACGAAAGAAGAAUGUUUGAUCCAUGCUGACCUUCAUGCCAGCUCCAUCUUGAUAAAAGGAGACUCUGCAAAGAUCAUUGAUUUUGAGGCGUCAAGAGUUGGCCCAGCGGGUGAAGACAUUGGCCAUCUACUCUCCAAUUACAUGGUUGUCUACCUGGAGCAUAAGUUCUACCCGUCAAAGAUAAUCCGACCUUUUAUUCUUUACUUGAGGAAUGCAUUAAGGAAACAGUGAAAAUAUACUUUAAUGAUGCGGCCGAGUAUCUAACGCCCGAACAAUUCGCUGCAACAGUGUCUGAUACAGCUGGAUUCAUGGGCUGUAGGCUCGU